GUGCAGCAAGAGAGCAGGUGGAAAAACACACGGCAAGGACAUCGUGAGGACGACUGUGAUUUCUUUUUAACAACAUGGACGCACUGACUUCAAAGAGGAUUGUUCUACUCGGAAAAACUGGGGCUGGGAAAAGCAGCCUGGCCAACACCAUACUGGGAGAGAAUGUCUUCAACGUAUGCCAUUCACCCGUUUCUGAAAUAAGUCUGCCCCGUUUAGUAAUUAAGUCUGUAAAUGGAAAUAACAUCAGUUUUAUUGACACUUGCAGUGUUUUUGACACAGGCAUGUCUGAGCAAUUACUCAGGGAUGAGAUAGUGAGGUGCAUGACAGAGUGCGCUCCUGGACCUCAUGCUUUUCUCAUCGUCCUUAAAGUGGAGAAAUUUACACAGCAGGAGCAAGAUGUAAUCAAAAAAAUAUGUCAAGAUUUCUCUGAAGAUGCUAUGAAAUACGCUGCCGUUGUCUUCACUCAUGGCGACCAGCUCCCAGAGGGAAUGGGAAUCGAGGAAUUCAUCAGUCAUAACAAAGAGCUCAGCAAUCUGGUGGAGAAGUGUGGAGGCAGAUGCCAUGUUGUUGAUAAUAAAUACUGGAAAAACAACAAAGAAGAUGACUACAGGAGCAAUCGGUUCCAAGUAGCAGAGAUACUCAGGACAAUAGACAAAAUAAGUGAGGCAAACAAUGGAAGCUGCUACACCAAUGAGAUGUUGCAGACGAUAGAAAGUGAACUACAGAAAGAGGAAGAGCUUAUUAGAAAGUCAUCAGCAAACAUGUCGGUUGAACAUAUUGCAAUCGAAGCUAAAAAGGGUGUGAUGAACAAGCUGCUGAUUAUAUUUGCAGGUACAGCAACAGGCGUAUUGGUUGGAGCCUUUCUUGGUGUGGCAAAGAUGGUCACAUCAACUUUUUUGAAUCUGCAGGAGCACAAAGAUGCAACAGUAUCACUGGCUGCACAGAAAGGGUUAGUAGAGGGAGGUCGGUUAGGAUAUGCUGCAGCUGAACAAUCAGAAAGUGCAUCGGAAGCCAUUCAGAAAGCUGCUAAAGCUGUCCUCGAAUAUACUGUUAAAUGAUGGUUAGGAUCAUGACAACGACAGAGAGUGGACAGCAAAGAGAGCAGAGAUAGGAGUGUUGUUUUCUGAUGUCUUGUGUAAUUACGUUAUAAGUAGAGAUAGUGGCAGUAGAGGAACUAUUUAGGUAUUUAGUCAAGGAAAAGUAGCAUUUGCUAAACACUUACACCACUUUGUUCGAGUUAAAU